CCCCCCGUUUUGCCCCAACUCCCGCUUCGCCCUGGGGCUGCGUUGAGGGAGAAGAGCUGCGUGCGCGGAACGUGCCCGCCGGGAGACCGCGAAGGCCGCCGUGUAUACGCGCGCGCGAGGGGAAGAGAUGGAGCCCGACCCCUCGCAAACUACAAAUCAGAUGCAAACUGAUUCUCUGUCUCCGUCUCCUAACACUGUGUCGCCAGUGCCUUUAAAUAACCCCACAAGUGCCCCAAGAUUUGGAACAGUCAUUCCUAAUCGCAUCUUUGUUGGAGGAAUCGAUUUUAAGACUAAUGAGAAUGACCUAAGGAAGUUUUUUUCCCAGUAUGGCUGCGUCAAAGAAGUAAAAAUAGUAAAUGACAGAGCUGGAGUAUCAAAGGGGUAUGGUUUCAUCACAUUUGAAACUCAGGAAGACGCUCAGAAAAUACUACAAGAGGCUGAAAAACUAAAUUAUAAGGAUAAAAAACUGAAUAUUGGUCCAGCAAUAAGAAAACAACAAGUAGGGAUUCCUCGAUCCAGUAUAAUGCCAGCAGCUGGAACAAUGUACUUGACUACUUCAACUGGAUAUCCAUACACGUAUCAUAAUGGUGUAGCUUAUUUUCAUACUCCCGAAGUUGCUUCUGUUCCACAGCCAUGGCCUUCACGUUCUAUUUCUAGUUCUCCUGUGAUGGUAGCUCAGCCUGUUUAUCAACAACCUACAUAUCAUUAUCAGGCUCCUGCACAGUGUCUUCCGGGACAAUGGCAGUGGAGUAUUCCACAGUCUCCUGCCUCUCCCACCUCAUUCUUUUAUCUACAUCCUUCUGAAAUUACUUACCAGCCCCUGGAGAUUGCGCAGGAUGGUGGAUGUGUCGCUCCUCCUCUUUCCCUGAUGGAAGCUGCAGUUCCAGAGCCAUAUUCUGAUCAUGGAGUUCAAGCAUAUCACCAAGUUUAUGCUCAAAGUGCCAUAGCCAUGUCAGCCCCUGUGAUGCAGCCUGAGUCUGUUAAAGAAGCCAGGAUACAUUCUGUAAGAAGAAAUUUUUCUCAUCCUUCUUCUAUGAGUUUAAAGCCUCGUUACGCACGAAGUCCUCACUUUCAUCCUAGAAAAGAUUACAGAUCAGAUGACACAGUGCUCACUGCUCCUUCCUCUACAGACACUGUUAAAUAGCACCAUAGUUAUACUUUAUAGCUAAUAUGAAGGAUCAAAAUGAAUCACUGCCUGUAUCAUGUCCUGAGGAGGAAUACAAUUAUCCUCUUCACUACAAGGAUUAGAAUUGUUUAUUCCCUGCUUUUGUUUUACAAGCUUUUUGCUGUAGUCUUUCAAUUUAUACUUAUUCUGGCAUAAUAAAUAUGCCUGCUGUAUUCAAUUAGAAUUGAAGCCUUUUUAUCAAAGGUGAAGUCCAAUUGUUUUAUUUUUUUAAAAAAGUCAGGUAAGGAUUUCAUAGAGUCAGUAAUACAACGUCAGCAAGGUAGCAUUUAAAUAAAUCUUUUAAGAACUACUGAUACUGUCUUAACAGCGAACUGGAAA